CUCUGCGGUGCUUCCUUGCGGCUACGUAUUUCCCCACACCGGCUUUCCAUGCGCCUUUUACGCCCACUUUUCCCCGAACAACCCGCGCCCUGUGCCCGGUCCAAACCACCUCAUCAGCCCCAACCAUCACUGCCUUAGUACCGGCGCACUCUCCCUAAGCUCCCGGGUCUAACGCACUGCUCUUAACCCGACUCUCGCUUCCUGAUUCCCGGCUGACAGAAGAGGAGUUGCCGGUGCCUCCCACUUCGCUCGGAGCGCUUAUCCUGUCUCCUGUCGCCGUGUUUCUUCGCACUAAGCACAGUGGACUGGCAGUAUGACAGGAGGGCUCAAGGAUUCUGAACCCGAGGAGUUUCUGCAUUCGCCGUUCAUCCGAAAACAAGGAAAUAUUUACAAACCGAACAACAAAGACAUGGACAACGAGAGUCUGAACGAGAAGACGAUGGAGGACGUGCACACCAAAGAGAUAGACCUGGUCAACCGGGACCCGAAGCACGUGAACGACGACGUGGUUAAGGUGGACUUUGAGGACGUGAUCGCAGAGCCCGCUGGCACCUACAGCUUCGACGGCGUGUGGAAGGCCAGUUUCACCACCUUCACUGUGACCAAGUACUGGUGCUACCGGCUGCUGACGGCGCUGGUGGGGAUCCCGCUCGCCCUGGUGUGGGGCAUCUUCUUCGCCAUCCUCUCCUUCAUCCACAUCUGGGCCGUGGUGCCGUGCGUGAAGUCCUACCUGAUCGAGAUCCACUGCGUCAGCCGUGUUUACUCCAUCUGCGUGCACACCUUCUGCGACCCGCUGUUUGAGGCCAUGGGGAAGUGCUUCAGCAACGUCCGCAUCCGCACCACCAAAGAGAUAUAAACAGAUCUGAGAAUAUCGCAAAAUAUCUGAAAAAUAUCAUUACAAGUAUGGGAUACACUUUUGAAUAACUACACCGUAAUUAGCCAGUCAUUAGCUAGAGACACCAAAACUCCGCCCACAAUCACAUUUCAAAUAGAGCUGUCAAACUGGGCGGGGGCCUGGAGGACUAAAGGGGGGAGGAGGGGCGGGGCCUGGAGGUAUAAGAAACAGUGUGAUUGGUCGAACAGGUAUCCACACUUCAAACUCCGCCCCCACAGCCAGGUGUUUGUCAUCAGAAACACCUGGCUGUAAUCAGGGCAGUCCUGCGUGAUGUCACAUAGUACUUGUAAUCGUAGUGGCCACUGGGGGCAGCACACACACAUUCUGUUCAUUAUGAAUUAAGUAUUUCUCCACGGUUUAUUAAGGCUGAUUAACGUGUAGUUAUCAUAAAGUGUUACCAAAAUAUGUUUAAAUGUGUAAUAUGUAACUUUGUCUUUUGUUGUUUCCAUGGAGAUGUAAUUGUUUUGUCUAGAAAGUUCCACAAUAUGGCAUUAAACCUGUUUACCUCCAAGUUACAGGUCAGAUCUAUGGAGCAGUAAGAUUAUAUGUUUUUGAGCGACAAAAACAGGUGUAAUUAAAUAAAUGUAAAAUAGAUCAGUUUAAUGCCAUACUGUGGAACAUUUCUGGCAAAAAAUGAUCAUCUCUAUGGAUACAAGUAGUGGACCGCCAGCAGAAAAGUUACAUAGUUCACCUUUAAUAAAAUAUAUCUGCAGAGAAUAUGUGGGAGGAGAUUUUGGGGUUGAACACAAAGGAGAGAUACAAUUUUGAAUUUUAAUUUUGAAAUUUAUUUUUGAAAAUUAUUUUUGAAUUUAUUUCUGAAUUUUAUUUUUUAUUUUAUUUUUUUUAUUUUUGGGGCUGUGUCGUCAGUCCUCUUUGGUGCUCGUUCGGUCCGGAGCUGUCUGUGGAGAGCUGGGUUAACAAAGCCGGGAUUAAACUAACCCUGAGUCCACAAAACGCAAAACAAAGCCUGGAUCAGGGCUGUCCCCGCUGUCCUGGGAUGACCCGAGAGUUUAACCCAGAUGCCCUCCCAAAAACUGCCCCUGUCCUCCUGGAGUUAUGAUGCCCUCCUGUGAACUGUCACCGUUGAGUUUAAACCUGAUGCCCUCCCCAAUAUGCUCCAGAUGCCCUUCCUUAAAGACCUCGCCAUCUCCCUUGAGUUUAAACUGGAUGCCCUCCCCUGACCUCAUCUUUUCUGCUCUGGUUUGGCUCGAUUUUAACCCAGGUGCCCUCCCACAAACUCCUAUGUCCUGGUUUGGCCUCAGUGAAAGCUUGUUUAACCCGGAUGCCCUCCCGAAACCGCCCCUGCCUGUUCUAGUUUUGUCCAGUUUCAACUCUGACGUUCUCCCUCCAAAAAAACAGCAGCUUCUCUCCUGUUUGAACACUUAUUUUUAACCCGGAUGCCCUCCCAUAAACUGCCACCCAACCUUCCCCGGUUAGAUCCAUGUUUAACCCAGAUGCCCUCCCCAAAACAGCUCCCGUGUGCCUUCAGUUGCCCUCCCACAACCUCCGCCCUCCCUAAAUGUUGACUCACUGUGCCUUUGAGUUUGGAUCUGCGUUUGUCCCGUACUCCUCCUCCCCCGUCUGCUCUGGUUACACCCUUUUUUUUUCUUUUUUUUUUUAACCCAGAUGCCCUCCCUGAACUGUCUCUGCUCUGCUUCUGUCUGACACUGAACUUACGCCGCCCUAUAGCCUGCAUCGCCGCUUGAACGCAUCUUUCAUUUUGAUACCGGAAUAUUUUAAGGACUAACACAAGCCGAUGUGAACGAGAGACUUACGUGGACCAGCGGACUUCCCGGUUUCUUCAAGACCAAGCUGGAAAAUUUUGGGAAUUUUGGAUACUUUAAUCUACACACAAUGCUAAUUCUUACACUGGUUUAAUAAGGUGUUACGUGAAAAGUGCUUUAGUUUGGAGAUUUAUUUCCAAAACUGCAAAUGUCCCAUAGCGUUCUACAGACCCCUCACGCCAUCUGAAAUUCCAGCAUGAAAUUCCCAGAUGUCAGUGUAUGAUUCCAUUGUAUUUUUAAUAUGGAAAACCCAGUUGGCCUUGACAGGACAGGGGGAAACGGUCCUAUUGUCCAUUGUUUAAAGUCCAUAUUUGUGAAGUGGCUUUUCAAAAUAAAACGUUAAAGUCUCCAUGUGCCAAAGUGAAGUGGCUUUUCAAAAUAAAAUUUAAAUCUUAAAUCUGCUUGAACAUGUAACGCUUUUCCGCACCUCGUCUUUAUUUAACUGCAGCACUUGUUUGACACUGCCUAUGUGUAUUUGAGUUAUUUCUGUUUUGGACCAGUUUAAAAAAGUAUAUUAAUUUGUUUAGACCUUAUAUUUUAGUUUCUAAAGGUUCUCGUUCCAGUGCAAUAAUCUGGAGGAAUAGUUUGGGAUUUUUAAUAGCACUAAUGUCACCUUUGAUUUACAGAAAAUCCAACUUAAAUUCUUAAAAGUGCCUUCAAAUUCUGCUUAAAGAGGAAUUAUGCAACUUUGAAUCAUUCUGCAUUGUUUUGAGAUUUUAAAACAACUUCUGCACGCAUUAAACUUGGAAUUUUAGGUAGAUUAAAGCCAUAACAAGGUAACAUUUCAUCUCCAUGGAAACAAUAAUAUGCCGUACUACAAGAAAGAGAGGCAGGUCUAUGGAGAGGCAAGCCCGCGCAAUAUAAGGAUACUGCUUUUUUUUUUUUUUUUUUUUGCAGCUCUACUAAAAUCAUUAGGUUUACUUCGAAAUGAAAUGUUACACAGUGUAGCUUUAAUGUAAUUAUGUAUGUACAGUACAGAGAAUAUGCCAGAUCACUAACCUUACAAAAUCCUUACAUUCGAAUGGGAAAAUUUGGAUCUAUGUUUGUGCCAGAUGCCCUCCCCCACACUCCCCCGUCAGCUCGGGUUUGAUUCUUUUUUUUAACCCGGAUGCCCUCCCCGAAGAUAAGCCAAGUUGCAUACGUCCUCUUUAAACUCAGUUCCGUUUUUAUGCCUUCAAAUGUACCAUGCCUUCUCUGUACGUGGUUUAGCGUCCAUAAAGUUGUAAUGUUUGAUUCAUUUUGUCUCGUAAAAUGUUUAAAGUGGCUCUUACGCUGAGUUCUGGACUAAACCUGCUUCUCUCCACUGCUGUCCAUGUUUUUGUUGAACUGAAAUUUUAAUUUUUGUAUUUUAUUUUGUGAGGAUUUCCUGCUUUUGACUCACGCUGUGCACAUUAAAGUUUGAUAUUGUCA